AUGACGGGAAACCCAGAAUGGAUGAAGCUCGCAGAGGUUGAUCCAGAUCUGGAUAAGUUUCUAAAAGCAGCUGCCGCUUCACCCAAACCCGGCCCUCCUCCAGGACUUGAGACCGACUAUGCCGCGCAACGUGCUUUCUUGCACAAGACCAAAAAGGCUGUCAACGCCAGGGCAUUUCCAACCAGCACGGGACUGAUCAUCGAAGAUAGCUUAAUUUCAGCUCGUGACGGUUACCAGAUCCCUAUCCGCACGUACAAGCCCGUCAAUCCCCCCAAGACAGGAAGCCCACUCAUCGUCAUUUUCCACGGUGGAGGUUUCACGCUGGGCGACCUCGAGACCGAGGAGGGUAGCUGCCGGAAUUUCUGUCAGCAGCUUGGAUGUACUGUAGUUAAUGUUGAUUAUCGUCUUGCCCCUGAAAACCCAUUCCCUACUCCCUUGUACGACGCUUACGAUUCCGUAAAAUGGGCCGCUUCCAACGCGUCAAAACUCGGCGCUAAUCCGGAUGCCGGCUUCCUCCUAGGUGCCGUUUCAGCCGGGGCCAACCUUGCCCUUGUUUCCGCCACUUUGGCCCGGGAUGAAAAACUCUCACCUCCUUUAACCGGGCUCUGGCUAUCCAUUCCGAUUGUAAUGAGUAUGAAAUUUCCUCCUGCACAUCUGGUGGCGGAAUUGCAGUCUUUUGAGCAGUGCAAAGAAGCGCCUGUUCUCAAUGCCAAGACCUGGAAAGUCCUAAUAGAUGCAUACAAACCGGACGAGCGCUCACGGCUAUUCAAUCUGUACAGUGAGACAGACCCUGUCAGUCGUGCCGGACUGCCGCCGGUCUACUUUCAGGUCUGCGGUUGGGACCCACUGCGAGAUGAAGCGUUGUGCUUUGAAAGAGAGCUUAGAGAGGAACAUGGAACAAAGACGAAGCUGAAGCUAUACCCGGGCAUGCCACAUGGCUUUUGGUCCUUCUUUCCGCAGCUAGGGAAAACGCCGCAGUGGGUUGCAGAAACCGUUAGUGGGAUCCAGUGGCUACUUGACGUGGGAAAGCAAGAAAGUUGAAAUUAGAUCGGAUAGCAUAUCUUAUAUCCAUAUAUGUGACAUACUCAAGAUUGGAUAAACUAUAUGUACCGAAAAAACUCUAUGGCGAACAUGUACUCUGUGUACAGGGAGUUCAUCAUCAAUCGAUUAGAUUUUUUCUGGUUUGAGCAGG